AGGCCACAUUUUAUUUCUACAACAGUGUAGAUAUAGUCUAAUAUUAUUUAACAUUUGAUGAGACUUUGCCAACUUCAGCAGCUCCAUCCUCGUUUUGUUUAAUAAUAACUAAUAAAUAUAAAAGUCCAAAUAGAGUAAACAUUCCAGGAGAAAUAUCUCCAUAUGUCUAGAAAUAGUAAAUGUGUACUCUGCGUUGGCUCAUAUUGGCAGCUCGUGGGCUGUUUGUGCAUGUGUGUGCUGGGGCGGGGAGACUCCGCCCCUUUAUGCUAAUUGUGCGCACCCAUUGGCGUGUCAGGGGAGCAGCGCCGCGCCGAUUGGCCAGCCGCGUCACAUGCUCGCUCUGUGGUUGUCUAUUAACUUGUUCAAAAAGUAUCUGGAGUUGUCAAGGCUCAGGCGGACAGAGGCGCAAAAGUGCAGUGUGUUAAUGCUUUUUGCGGAGAAGCGACGGCUGAAGUUUUGUGGACACAACAGAGCAGGGACCUGGACUGGGAGAAGAUUCUCUGUGUCCCCCACUCACCCACACACACACACACAAACACACACACAUUCACACUGACACGCAUACACACACACUCAGCGAGAGGGAGAGAGUGUGUGGAGCCGCCGCUCCUCCGUGCUUGUUGUUUUUGUACAGAGAAAGUUGCAGAGAGAAAUCGACAGGUGACUUUUAGCAGCAGCAGCAGCAGCAGCAGCAGCAGGUCCUUCACCCCCGUCUGUCCCGCUCCUGUCUUCUGGACUUUGUCUCUGGUGGAGUUUUUUAUUCAUAUUUUUAAUUUUUGCCUUUCGAUCGGGAGCACCAGCCCCCAAAAAAGCUGUUCCCGAUGUAUAACAUGAUGGAGACUGAACUGAAGCCCCCUGCUCCCCAGACCAACACGGGGGGCACGGGCAACACCAACACCACCGGCACUGGCAACAACCAGAAAAACAGUGCGGAGCGGGUCAAGAGACCCAUGAACGCCUUCAUGGUGUGGUCCAGAGGCCAGCGGAGGAAGAUGGCCCAGGAGAACCCCAAAAUGCACAACUCGGAGAUUAGCAAGAGGCUUGGAGCAGAGUGGAAACUUCUGUCAGAGAGCGAGAAGAGACCUUUCAUCGACGAAGCCAAAAGGCUGAGGGCCCUGCACAUGAAGGAGCACCCGGAUUACAAAUACCGGCCCCGGCGGAAAACCAAGACCCUGAUGAAGAAGGACAAGUACACCUUACCAGGUGGGCUGCUGGCUCCGGGAGGUAACGGCAUGGGCAGUGGGGUCGGCGUUGGCGCCGGGCUGGGUGGAGGUGUGAACCAGCGCAUGGACAGCUACGCGGCGCACAUGAACGGCUGGACCAACGGCGGCUACGGCAUGAUGCAGGAGCAGCUCAGCUACCAGCACCCGGGGCUCAACGCGCACAACCCGAGCCAGAUGCAGUCCAUGCACCGCUACGACAUGAGCGCCCUGCAGUACAACUCCAUGACCAGCUCCCAGAGCUACAUGAACGGCUCCCCGACCUACUCCAUGUCCUACUCCCAGCAGACCACGCCGGGGAUGACCGCCCUGGGCUCCAUGGGGCCCUCCUCGGUGGUGAAGUCCGAGUCCAGCAGCUCCAGCCCGCCCGUCGUCACCUCCUCGUCCCAUCGGGCCGCUCCGGGCUGCCAAAGCGGAGACCUGAGAGACAUGAUCAGCAUGUACCUGCCCGGGGCGGAGGUGAGCGACCAGAGCGCCCAGACCCGGCUACACAUGUCCGGGCACCACCCGAGCACCCUGCCGGGCCCGCCGCUCAACGGCACGCUGCCCUUAACACACAUGUGAGAGGAGAAACAACAGAGAGAAAAAUGAACUUUUAUAGGAAGAAACUGCGGACUCUGGUCAACGUUGGACUAUUUUUGUACAGAAAAAUUUUCCGGGGUGGGAAAAGUUGUAUAGAAGUCUUCAAGGGGGGAAAAAAAGGACAAACUCGACUCUUUCUUUCGUUUAUUUCCGAGGAAGCUCCGGCGGAGGAGACGGCAAGAGGUGACGCCUCCUCACUGCUGGAUGAAGUUUGGGAGACUUAGAAAGUGGGAGUCGCAAUCAAAUGUUUUAUUAUUGCAAUCACCUUUUGUACAGUAUUUAUCAAAGAAACAUUACAAUCAGAUGAAAUUGUUUGUUAAACUGCAAGAGGUUGCAUUUUUUUGUUUGUUUAUUUUCUGAAUUUAGGUUUUUUUUUCCUUAGCAAAAAGAAAAAAACCCACAAACCUCCAGUUCUGCAGAAAAAUAUUUUAAGUGAAAAAUGUCAGAGUUGGAAUUUCCAUGGCAUCAGAUUUGCUCCUUUAUUAUUACUGAAAACACUGGAAAAAAGGGACGAAGCAGGUAAAGUCAAGGCUACUAAACAUUUUCAUUUCUUAAAAAAAAGAUGAGAUUUUGUUCCCCCUCUCAUCCAGUUUAAAAUCUAGGUCGUUAAUUUAUAUUUUCUUCUCCCUCUUUUCACCCGUUAGAGGCUACGACGCUUGUGCUCUUUAUUUUCUAAUUGAUUUGUACAAUUUCUGUAUAUUUACUGUGAUAUUUUGAAGUUUUUAUUUUUGCGAAAUUCAUUCCCGUAGUUGUAUUUUAAAAUUUUGUGGCCUGUACGCAGAAGCCAACAACUCCAUGUAUAUAUAUCGGAACUAAUACCAUCCUUAUAACAGUUACACUUUCAGCUGAGUAUAUUUUUUUUUUUCAAUAUGCAGUUUGAAAUGAAUAAAUUUUGGAAAUUUGGAUACUGGUAACUGGUUUUGAUUUGAUUUGUGUGCAGGCAGUGGUCACGUGUUGAUUUGUCCUUUUUUGUAAAAUGAGAUUCCUAGAAAUAAUUAAUCCUAACAUUAGAAAUAACAUUCUGAAGGUGGACAUUUUCUUUUUACUGAUUUUUUUUUUUAAAUCCGCUGCAGCUCCACCGUCAGCUCGACUUUAAUAACUGCGCACAAAUCUCUGAAACAAAGAUGUGCUGCUGUUUAAAAAAACUCUAGGCAAAAAUACAUUUUCAUUAAUAAAUAAUAAAAAAAUGUACAAUGAAAAAUGAUAACACAGGGAUGUGCAGUUUGGGCCCGUGUUUCUUUUAGUAAAACUAAUUAAAUUAGAAUUAAAUGUUACAUUUUCUUUCUGCUACGGUGAAAAAUGACCAAACGUCAGAGAGCGGCAGAAUCUUCCUGAUCAUUUACAGUUAUCAUCCUAACGAGACUAUGUAAAUAAAUCAUUUAAAAAAAUUAAAAGAAAAAUAUUUAUCUUUCCUGAGGUAAAUGAGGCUGUUAUGUGUUUUUAUUAUUAGCCAUAAUCCAAUGAUUCCUGACUGUGCCAGCAGAAAAUCUGGAUCUGUGUCAAUUUGCUGCAGACUUGAAUACAUUACUCUACACUGUGUUCUGCCUCUGUAAUAUUUUAUUUUCUUCCGUUAUUUUUAUUUUUUGAAAACCUCAAAAGUCUUUUAGUUACGUCUUGGUAAAAGGAGCAGUUUAAAAAAUCAUGUUAUAUUUUAAUAAUAGUAAAAAAAUCUUUUGGACUUUUAGCAAUAUUAACAUUAAAAUAAUGAUUUAUAAAUAAUUUC